AUGGUAGACAAAAACAACAACUGUAGACAAAAACAACAACUGACAGCCAAUCUUCCAGUUCAGAUAGCGCUACAAUCUCCCGAUAAUGGUAGACAAAAACAACAACUGAUAGACAAAAACAAACGGACAGCCAAAUCUUCAAGUUCAGAUAGCGCUACAGACACACAAUCUCCUGAUAAUGGUAGACAAAAACAACAACUGACAGCCGAUCUUCAGGUAGCGCUACAAUCUCCCGAUAAUGGUAGACAAAAACAACAACUGACAGCCAAUCUCCAAGUUCAGAUAGCGCUACAAACUCCCGAUAAUGGUAGACAAAAACAACAACUGACAGCCAAUCUCCAAGUUCAGAUAGCGCUACACGAACUCCCGAUAAUGGUAGACAAAACAACAACUGACAGCCAAUCUCCCAAGUUCAGAUAG